AUGCCAACCAAUUCUACAUAUCGUACCAACGUUUCGCAAGACGCGCGCCUCGAGUACGCAGAGCUGUUAGAAAAACUGCACACUUUACAGGCGGAGUGGCACGAAGCAGCGUCGCGCAAAGCUGCACUACAGGCAUCCGUUGUGUCAACUGCAGCACAUUGUAGUAGUGUAGAGCCUAUUCGGCAACGCUUCUCGGAGCUCCAGGCGGAAAUGACAGUUCUGAACCAGCAGAAGAAAUUUAUUCAAUCACAACUGGAUAAUGCACACGGCCUAUACAAGUCUGCAUGCGAAAAGUCAGCCGUUGGCGUCGAGCACGUGAACACUGAGAAGCAAGCUCUAGAGGAGGAAUACAUGCAGGUGAUGCGGCUCAUCGAUCAGUUUGAUCCUGACCUCCAAGAGGAUGCGGUGUUAGUGAAGGCCGCUCUCGCCGAACAACGGGUGGAAAUGCGCAUUCUGCAGGAGGCCCUGUGGGCCGUUCAGCAGUCUCUGGCGUGUGAGUCCCUUAGCGACGCGGCGCAGCACGCCGCCAUUCCUUUCGUGCCUCACCCGCCACUUGUAGAGGUGCCGAUGGACGAGGUGUGCGUGCCGGUGGCACCAGGGCGGCUGCGGCUGCUGACGGGCCCCCGCGGCGAUGGCCUGCAGGAGUUGCGGGAGCGCCACAAAGUUAUGGCCUACAUCGCCACCUCUGACGAUGCGGUGUCGGUGCGGGUGCAGGGACACAGCGCGGGCGUGCAGAACUGCGUGCGCGAUAUUCGUCGCAUCUUGUCUCUGUAG